CAGCUUCCCUUUUAUUUCCGGGGUUAAAGCAGCCGCCAUAUCUGAAUGCGCUUUAAACACAGACAUGUUUAUGUUGAGCCAGUUCAGAAAUACAGUACGGAGAACUAUAUAGUACUUUAAUAUCACCCAAUAGACGUCCGACAGACAGGCUAUAACGAUGUCGUUGGUGGAUUUGGGAAAGCGUCUCUUAGAAGCAGCUCGGAAUGGUCAUGAUGAUGAGGUCCGGACGCUGAUGGCCAACGGAGCCCCGUUCACCACUGACUGGCUUGGAACUUCUCCAUUACAUUUAGCAGCCCAACAUGGUCAUUACUCCACUGCUGAAGUCCUGCUGAGGGCGGGUGUCAGCAGAGAUGCCCGAACCAAAGUGGACAGGACCCCACUGCACAUGGCGGCUACAGAGGGCCAUGAGGUCAUUGUGGAUUUAUUAAUCAGGAGUGGUGCCGACAUCAAUGCCAAAGACAUGUUGAAGAUGACCGCUCUUCACUGGGCAGCCCAGCACGGCCAUCACAAUGUCGCAGAGCUGUUGGUCAAACAUGGUGCAGAUGUACAUGCCCUCAGCAAGUUUGACAAGUCCGCUUUUGAUAUCGCUAUCGACAUACAACACGCAGAACUUGUACACCUGUUACAGGAGGGAAUGCAGAAUCAGGUGAACAGGAAUGCUGAAGCGUCAAUCAUAAACGGCAGCUCCACCCCACAGUUCAUCAUUCAGGGCGUCCCAAACAUCCAAGGGGGAGUCGUCAACCUCUCUGACUUGAUCAAAGCCAGCUCAGGUGACACAGAGGAGGCCAUAGCUGUCAGUUCCUUGGACUCGAGUAUCCAACAAGUGGUGAAUGAAUCAGGUCAGAGGGUCAUAACCAUAUUAACAGAUCAACAUGGAAACCUGCAGACAAAUGGACUCGGCCAACCGUUCUUUGUCACAAUGCAGGAUGGACGACAAGUAUUGGCAGUUCCAGCCAAUCAAAUCACAGAGGAAGUGGUAGAAGACUCCGAACCUCCUGCUCGUAAAAGGAAAAUUGAAGUUUCAUCCAAUAAUGCAGAGACUGGUGAAACGGAGCAUCUCCAGUGGCAGUUACAGGAAGCUAACAGGAAAGCUCAAUCCUAUCGUCAGCAAUUGCUCCGCAAAGAGCAGGAAGCCGAGGGGUACCGCAUGAAACUGGAGGCCAUGUCUAACGGACAAACUAACGGCACCACAGGGCUGGACCAGGAGCACAUCGUGUUUGUGCAAGAAGAGGUCGGUAUCGAAGAAACAACGGAGGGAGAAGAGGAAGUUGUCAUGUUUUCAGAAGGUGGCGUAGUCAUCAAAACAGAAGAGAUCGAUUGUGUGGACGAGCAGAUCACUCUAGUGGAAGCCACAGCGGGUCACACGGAAGUCAUCUCUUAAAAGAGCACCCAAGAGCGUGAACUCAAUCCUCAAGCAACCAAAGAGUGCUUCAGCACGGUUUUGGUUUGGUUCAUUUUGAUUUUUCAGCAAUUAAGUCCUUUUUUUAAUUUAUUUCCUUGUUCUGUUUUGGUUAACGUUUCUUGCUUCAAAUGAAAGUUCACAAAGAAACAACCACAAUGUGCAUCAUAUGCACAGACAGACACACACACAGACAGACAGACACACACACACACACACACAUACACGACCAGGGAAGAUGAUUCUUUCUGGGAGUCUGUAUCUGCAGUGUCCUUAGAAGUGCUCAUCCAUCAAUUGUCCUAGAUGGGGUUCUUCAAACAGCUGGAAAAGGUUCACUCAGGAUGGAACUCUUUGCAAACUGCAUGUCUUUUGAGCUCCCCUAGAAAUGCAGCUGUCUUAUUCAGACAGUUUCAUCGCUUCUAAAAAUGAAAGAUUGAAAAUUCAUCUCAGAAUGCAGCAGUGGUUUGUGUUCUAUGCAUUGGUAAUAAAGUAAUGCACCAGUUUCAAGAAUUUUAUUUGUAGGCAAUCCGUUUUAUUUUUUUCUGUCGGACCAUUUAAAAAUCUGUAGGUCAAUUAAAAGUGCCUUGGUGUAUUUUUGGUCAUGUUUAGUUUUUAUUCAUACAUGAAUUAUUGCAUAUAUAGUAUUUGUUUAAAUGGGUAUAAAGCAUAAUUCCCAUUCAUUAACUCACAUUCCUUAUGUAACAUGUAUUUGUUUUCUCUGAAUAUGUAUAAUGUGGUUGCUGUUUUGUUUUAGUUACUUUGAACCUUAAGUUGAGAGCUCUUGUUCACAAUGAGUUAAAGGGAUAGUUCACCCAAAAAUGAAAAUUCUGUCAUUUACUCAACCUCAAGUUGUUCCAAACUUGUAUGGAUCUCUUUCUUCUACUGAACACAAAAGAUGUUACGAAGAAUAUAGGUAACCAAACAGUUUUUUCAUUACUAUGGAAGUCAAUCGGGUCCAUCAACUGUUUGGAGUGACUUGAGGGUGUCAGUAAAUGAUGACAGAAUUUUCAUUUUUGGGUGAACUAUCCCUUUAACAUCGCUUUCACAAAUGUAAAAAGUCUGAUUUCAAUAUCAGGGUUUUGUAUCUGUCUGGCUAGCCUUUAUAAUGUGUAAUGUUAUCUCCCUGAGCUAUGACAAAAUAAUCAGUGGGUUUUCAGGCACAGAAUAAUCUGAGAUAUUCAUAUGCAUUAGAUGGCAAGAACGUAUGUGACUAUUAAAUUGAAUCCAAUUUUGUGCUAUAUAACAAAAAAAUAGUAACAGACAUAAUUGUAGUAACCUCUGAAGAACUUUUCAAUUUUAACUAGUUUUGAUUGCUUCUCACAUAGGAAAUAUGUAAUUAUUUACUUUUUAAAAUAAUUUAAGUUUCUUUUUUUUAUGUAAAGACAUCACCGUCCUCACAUUGUAAAAAUUAACCACAGUAAUAUACUGGCACUACAAUUUAUGGACCUACUCUGGUGUUAAUGCAAAAUCUUGAUUUUAGAGUUUCUCCCACUUGUUAUAUGCUUAAAUGUAUAAAGCUUUUGACUUAUUUUUGAUUAAAAAUAUUGCAAAUAUCAA